AAGAGACCAUUCUACAAACCUCGUUUCUUCUCAGUCAGUUCCUCUAAGUCUUCCUCACUCAUGCUUCGCUUACUUUCUCUUUCUUCAACUUCUCUUUCUUCUUUUCAAACACAGAAAUCGUGUUUCUCGUUUCGCCAUACCCAUUUCGUCGCAACCCAAACCCUACCCGUAUCUCCCUCGCCACUUCUAUGACCCUUUUCUCUUCCUCUGAAGCUUCGAGGUUUAGCUGACUCUGCGGUUUGUUUCGUUCAAAACUCACCAAGAGUUUCAUCUUUUGCUCCCUUUUCUUCUUUUUUCUGCUGAUAAAUUGAGCAUCUUUUGCGUACCCACAUGCAGAUUUUGUGGUUGUGAAUCUCUGAUUUUGUUUUUAUAUAUCCUAGGGUAUUGCACGUGGUGAUUUUAUGGAGUUUUCUUUUCUGCAUCUUAUGUUUAGCGUUACUGUGGUUAUAGGCAAAAACUGGGGUUGCGGGGUUUUAUGUUUUUAGAGAGAUUAGUUUGAGAUACACUUUCAAAGUUGCAAUCUUCGUGUUGAAUGAUGUCUCAGCAGCAAAACCUAUCUUCCGUUUCGCAAUCUCUGCUACAACAAACAAUUUCUGGAGCUGAUGUUAAACCCUUCUCAAUAAGACAGUGUGUUCUUGCUUCUCGUCACACAAAUAUCCUUCAAAGCUGGCCAUUUCACGAGAAGCACUUGCAACUGUGUCUUAACCAAGGUCUCAAGGAGGUGUUGCCACCAUUUGGACGCCAAACUUCACCUGCUGAAUCACUCCAAGGUUGUUCCAACUUCUUGAUGCAUUUUCGAAAUGUUAAUGAUGAUAAAGAACCAGAUUUUUGCAAAGCUGAAGAAGUGCCACAAAAUAUUAAAAAUGAGUACUGUGACUACAAAGUCACCAACCAACCUUCAUCACAUGAAGAGGGAAAUCAGCAGCACAAGUGCGGCAUUUCAAGUUCAAGUAAUGUUCAUAAGAGCAAUCCAGUAGUACUAUUGCCACCAUCGAAGGCAGUGAAAGAUAAACGCAGAAGGCGUAGAGGGAGAUGCAAGAAACGCUCCAUUGUGGAUAUUUUAGCCGAAGCGCGGCACAGUACUUUAGAGGAGAUCCAUAGGAUGAACAAGUUUUAUUAUGAUGCAACUGUGAUUGAAGGAUGUCAGCAAACUGUGGCUUAUGAAAAUAUUUCCAAGUCUGAGCUAGCCGGUGAGGAUGGAAGUGAAGAUCGUGGUAUGCCUAAUAAUGUUCAUAUGGCACCAAAUGGGCCAUUCCUUCUUAAGUUCAAGCUCAAUGGAUGUAGUGUAAAUAGGAAUUUCAGAACAUAAAAUGAUUCCGUUCAAUUUUAUUCUAUCUUGUUAUUUUUCAUUCUAUAAUUUUUUUCUUAAACUUUCAGAUAGAAGCAUAAAGGAUGGAUAUACGUAUAUACAUAUAUCUCCCUGCUGUGUGUGUC